AUGGACUCCCAAACCACGUCGUCAGACGCUACCCCCAACGAGUCGUCGCCUCUACUUCCGACCACAGAGAAUCGUCCCAAAGGAACUCGAUCCGUCACUUUUAGCGACAAUCCUGUUACAAAAACCUUUGAACCCGGUCGACAACAACAUUUUCAACGAGCUCCAGGUCAUCAUGCUGCUGGCUCUGCUAGCGGCGCCGCUGGUGGCCCUCCCAUGCUCGCAGCUCUCAACAACAAGCUAAGAAGACGAAACAGUCAGGGCUCAGUCCCUGCGGUCGCCCAUCUGGCUUUUGGACCCAAGAUUGGUCCUCAGCGCAGCACCAAGAAGACGGAAAAGCUUAAGCUGCUUCCCAACCCUGACCUGGACGACCCCGAAGACGAGGAGAGCGGAAGAGAUGUCUACUCUCAAUACACACGUAUCAAGGAUCCUGCUGCGCGUAGAGAUGCUGCAAAACUGGGCAAAGCGGAUCGUGAUCGCCUGCCCCGUGUCACCGCAUAUUGUACUGCAAACAGAUACGAGAUGGAGGCUCUCAUGCGGUUCUUGAAAGGACGUGGAAAGACUCGAGGCGCGAAUCCCAAACUCAUUGACGAAUGCAUAUACACACCGUAUAACUACACUUCAAAAAGCGCGCGCAGUCGCGACCCGGUUCAGAACUAUGAGCGCAGACAUUCCACUGGAGGUGACGCUAUCGAAGUCGCGCAGCAACAGAGAGCAGAUCUACAGGCGGAAGAGGCUGCAUCGGAAGCCCACGGACACAAUGGUAACGGCAAUGGCUCUCGCAUUGAGAGCGCGGACCUGCUAGGGUCUGCGGUGGAGGAUCACGACUCAAUAAGCGAGACCAACCCCGACUUUGACAUACAGGUUCAUACGCCCGAAGUUUUCUUGUUCGACUACGGUGUGGUAGUCAUCUGGGGAAUGACCGAGGCUCAGGAGGCCCGGUUCCUGAAGGAGAUUGCCAAGUUCGAAACUGAGAAGCUUGCGCCAGAUGAUGUCGAGACUGAGCUGUUCAACUUCUACUACACCAAGGACUACCAGGCUCGUAUUUACAAUGAUUUCAUCACUCUUCGCGACAAGAACAACUACAUGACAAAGCUUGCCAUCUCUCAUGCUUUAGCGCAGAGUGUCAAGACUUCACUAUUCGAAGAGUUGAUCGCAUCGACAGUCGACACCUGCAAGGACAUCCCCACACAAAUAGCCACGACAGGAAAGAUCGCACUUAGGAGGUCGCAGAUCAACAUGCAGAUUGGAGAGCUAUUCAUCCUGCGUAUUAAUAUCCAUCUUAAUGGAUCUGUUCUCGAUACGCCUGAGCUCUUUUGGGUCGAGCCGCAGCUUGAACCUGUUUACCAAGCUGUCAGGAGCUAUCUGGAGAUGGAUCAGCGUGUUGGUCUCUUGACGGAACGUCUCGAUGUCAUAGCAGAUUUGUUAGCUGUGCUCAAGGGAGAGCUCAGCCAUGGUCAUGACGAAAAGCUCGAAUGGAUUGUGAUUGUGCUUAUUGCAGCCGAGAUUCUCGUUGCUGCUAUCAACAUUGUGGUGGAUUUAUACGUCGGCGAAUAA